CAGGGAGCUGCUAGUUUUCCACAAAGUUUUCAACUGAAUUGAAGUUGAUUGGAAUUUUGUGAGUUCGUGGAUCAUCCCAAUAAUUUUAAUUCUGAUGCAAUUUUCCGAUGCAAUUUUUUGAUUAAUUUGCACGUGUAUUGAUUUCUUUUAAAAGUUUACAAAUAGCUAGUUUUCCAUAAAUAACAAAAAAUGCCAACAGAAAAGUUAAAAAACCUAACACUAGAAGCUAUAUACACUUCGGAGAAGAAUGGAAAUGAUGAAACGGGUAAGGGAACUCAGGAGAACCCCUUCAAGAGCAUUCUGCAGGCGAUGCGUCAUGCCAAACAGGAUCCAUUUCCAACCAUCUACGUCGAUGCCAAGAAUCCCGGCGAUGGUCUGAAAUACGAACCAGCUGCAAAGUCACAAUUGAAGAAGAUCCACAAGAUCUGGGCUCGUGAAAUCAACAAGAACGCCGACAAGGAGCAGCGUGAAACCGACGAUGCCGAAAAGAGGAAACAAAAUUUCGAAGAGGCAAAGAAAAUCAUCCUCGCCGAAGAUCCCAGCUGGCCAACGGCUAAACGCAUCCACAUCGAUGAUGGCAAAGAUAACCGCGAGACUCGUGUGAGAGUCUACGGUUGGGUGCAUCGAUUACGUCGCCAAGGAAAGGGUCUGAUGUUCAUUACACUUCGUGACGGAACUGGAUUCUUGCAGUGCGUGCUCAACAAUGCACUGUGUCAGUGUUACAACGCCUUGGUUUUGACCACUGAGAGCUCCGUGCAGCUCUUCGGAACGCUUAAAGCUGUUCCCGAAGGAAAGACAGCCCCUGGAGGUCACGAAUUGCUCGUAGACUAUUGGGAAUUAGUUGGUCUGGCACCAGCAGGAGGUGCAGAAAGUAUACUCAACGAAGAAGCUCUGCCUGACGUGCAGCUGGACAAUCGUCACAUUAUGAUCCGUGGAGAGAACACCUCGAAGAUUCUGAAAAUCCGUUCUGUAAUAUUGCAGGCCUUCCGUGCUCAUUACCUUUCGCGCAAAUACAAUGAGGUUACACCGCCAACUUUGGUCCAGACCCAAGUUGAAGGAGGAUCCACUCUUUUCAAAUUACAAUACUUUGGUGAGGAAGCCUUCUUGACCCAAAGCUCUCAGUUGUAUCUAGAAACCUGUAUCCCAGCUUUGGGUGAUGUCUUCUGUAUCGCUCAAAGUUAUCGUGCCGAGCAAAGUCGAACCCGUCGCCAUUUGGCUGAAUACACUCACAUCGAGGCUGAAUGUCCAUUUAUUUCAUUCGACGAUCUGCUCGACCGUUUGGAAGACUUGAUUUGUGAUGUUGUCGAUCGAGUACUUGCAUCACCCGAUGGACACAUAGUCAAGGAACUCAAUCCUAACUUUAUACCGCCCAAGAGGCCAUUCAAGCGAAUGAACUAUGCCGAUGCUAUAAAAUGGUUAAAGGAAAACAACGUUACCAAGGACGAUGGAACUUUCUAUGAGUUUGGUGAAGACAUUCCCGAAGCUCCAGAACGUAAAAUGACAGAUGCCAUCAACGAACCAAUUAUGUUGUGUCGUUUUCCAGCUGGCAUCAAAUCGUUCUACAUGGCCAAGUGUCCCGAGGAUCUUGAACUGACUGAAAGUGUCGAUGUUCUCUUGCCAAAUGUUGGUGAGAUCGUUGGUGGUUCGAUGAGGAUAUGGGAUAGUGAAGAAUUGCUGAAGGGCUAUGCACGUGAAGGAAUUGAUCCCAAACCAUACUACUGGUACACUGACCAGAGAGUUUAUGGAACUCAACCACAUGGUGGUUAUGGUCUGGGUUUGGAACGCUUUGUUUGCUGGCUACUCAAUCGUUAUCACAUUAGAGAAGUUUGUUUGUAUCCAAGAUUCUUGGACAGAUGUGCACCAUAAGAAGCUAGAGGCGGUGACAAUUCAAAACAACAAGAAGAAUAAGACAAAAAGAAAAUUUAAUUAAAAUUAAAAGAUACAAGCUUUUAGCGCUUUGCAUUUAUUGAAAUGAAUAAGAAACUUAUAUCAGCAAAACAGUUAAUUUACGUUUUAUAAUUUUUUUGUUUGCAUAUAAACUUUAGCUAAUCAGCAUUUAAAACAGUUUUAAAUCUAUUGGUGUACUACUCUCAUUAAAAAACAAGAAAAACCAACCAAAA